AUGAACUGUACAGAGAAAGUUGUAUUCACGUUGGGAACGUCUGACAGAAAAAUCAGACAGAAAGCUAUGAAACUUGUCUGUGGGGUUCCUGGAGUUACUGCGAUAGACGUAAAGGAACAUGGUAAAUUAAAGGUGACGGGUGAAUUUGAUAAGUAUCCCAUGACGAAGAAAUUGAGGAAGAUAUAUGAACAUGCUGAUAUUAUCGCGAUUGCAUCAGAUGAAGGACCGGGGCAAAAUCACAGUACUCCGGUUCCACGAGUGACUUGGCCAAAAUCUUAUCCUCGUCGGAAUAAAGGGCCAAUGAAGAAAUCCGAUGUUUGUAUCAUCAUGUGA